UUUCUAUUAUAUAAUCACGUUUUAACACCUUUCAGCAUUUGCAACGCUCUUUUCCAGAUUUACCUGAAGGCAGCAUAAACCAACAAACUGUCCUCUUUAAAUUCACCUCUCUCACGGACACUCCCUGUCGAGCGGAAUGGACGAAUCUUUUUGUGCCCCCACACUAAUUUGCAGCCCACAUGCGCCUUUGGAGAAACCAGGACUGACAUGACAUCCCCGGAGAAAGAGCGAAAACCUCCCCAGCAUCCAUCAAACCCCAUCCGGCAGCAGACGGUGUGGACUGCGAGUCGCUGUGCUGCUUUGGUGACCCUGUGUGUGUUAUGUUACAGCAACUCUCUCCAUGGGGAGUUGGUGCACGACGAUGUUUGGGCAAUUAUCAACAACCCGGACGUUCGACCGAGUUCCAGUCUCCUUAACAUCUUCACCAACGAUUUUUGGGGCAAGAAGAUGUCGGAUAAUUCCAGCCACAAAUCUUACAGACCGUUUUGCAUUCUCACCUUUAAGUUGAAUAUCCUUCUUGGUGGCAUGACACCUCUCUACUUCCACAUUGUCAAUGUGUGUCUGCACUGCGCCGUAACCUGCGUCCUAAUGCACACGUGUGAACGGUGUGUGUUUGAAGAGUCGCACUUGGCCUUCGUCACAUCAGUCCUGUUUGCCGUGCACCCUGUGCACACCGAGGCUGUAUCUGGAAUAGUGGGAAGGGCUGAUCUGUUUGCUUGUCUGCUGUUCUUGCUAGCGUUCCUUUCCUAUAUAAGGAGUGUUGGUGUGAAUGCAUCCGAAGACUCGACACCCUCAACAGUGUCAGUGGGGUCUCUGCUCGGCAGUUUACUGCUGGGUACCUGUGCCAUGUUGGUGAAAGAGACGGGCAUCACAGUGUUCGGGGUCUGCAUGUUUUACGACGCUCUUGUGCUCUGCGGCAAGCCCCUCUUCCGUCACCUGUCUGGAACUGGCGUUAGACAACUUCUCCAGAUUUGGAAACCCUUCAUCAAACGAGCCUGUGUUGUCUCUAGCUACGUAUUGGCCAUUGUAUCAUUAAGACUGUGGUUAAUGGGAGGUUCCAUGCCUCUUUUCUCUGAACAGGACAAUCCUGCAUCCUUUGCACCUUAUUUUCUUACCAGAAUUUUGACCUACUCUUACCUGCUGUACUUCAACACCUGGUUGCUGAUGGCCCCUGUCGUGCUGUGCUAUGACUGGCAAGUGGGUAGUAUCCCUCUUGUUGAGUCGCUGAGUGACAUUCGCAAUAUGGCCACUGUGUUACUAGCUGUGGUGAUGGUUGCCCUCUGUCUGCACUGUAUCCAUUCAUUGCAGAGACAAAAGCGUAAGGAGGUGUUUAUGGGACUAUUGCUUCUAGUGUUUCCUUUCAUUCCUGCGAGCAACCUUUUCUUCAGGGUGGGAUUUGUUGUGGCCGAAAGGGUUCUUUACAUGCCUAGUAUGGGUUACUGUAUCCUGGUGGUUCAUGGCUUGAGUCGUCUCUCUUCUUCGGUGGGCCGUUUUGGCACCACAAUCCUUAGUGCCUCCAUGCUGUUGCUGCUACUGCUGUUCUCCUGGAAGACGGUUCAGCAGAAUAAAGUCUGGCUUUCCAGAGAGGCCCUCUUCAGUUCUGGUAUCUGGACUCUUCCUCACAAUGCCAAAGUGCACUACAACUACGCUAACUUUCUGAAGGACAGCACUCGGCACCGAGAAGCCAUUUAUCACUACACCAUUGCUCUCAGGUUGUACCCCCGCCAUGCCAGCGUUAUGAACAACCUCGGCACUCUGACACACAAUCCGGAGGAGGCUGAGCGCUACUACAGGAGCGCACUGGACAUCAAUCCUCAACAUAAUCGAGCACUCUUCAACCUGGGAAAUCUCCUCAAGUCACAGGGCAAGGAGAAAGAAGCAGAAGUACUGCUGAAGGAUUCCAUUAACUAUGGCCCACAUUUCGCCGAUGCUUAUUCCAGUCUAUCAUCACUCUAUGCUGACCAGAAACGCUACGCUGAAGCCCAUGAAAUGUAUUUAAAAGGUAUUGAGAAUUGUCCUGACAGCUCAGACCUGCAUAAUAACUAUGGGGUAUUUCUGGUGGAUACUGGAAAGGAGGAGCUGGCAACUGUUCACUACCAGCAGGCAAUUCAACUUAAACCAGCUCAUUAUGUGGCCAUGGUGAACCUGGGACGCCUUCUCCGCUCUUCCAAUUUGAACAAAGAGGCAGAGUCCUGGUAUAAAAGAGCACUUCAAGUGACAAGGAAGGUGGAGAUUCUGGCACCACUUGGGGCGCUGUACUACAACACUGGCCGCUACGAUGAUGCCCUGCAUGUUUACAGAGAGGCUGUUAUUCUACAGCCAGAGAACACUGACAUUCGGCUAGCACUGGCGCAAGUAUUAGCCAUGGCUGGCCGUACAAAAGACGCAGAGAAAAUGACCCGGGACAUCAUUUCCAGAGGGAACAGAUGCAUUGAAUGUUAUCGCCUCCUGUCUUCCAUCUACAGCAAGCAAGGCAACCACACGGAGGCUCUGGAAGCUCUGAACAACGCUCUACACCAGAAUCCCAGUGAUCUUGCAGUGAGAGCGGAAUUGUAUUUCUCUAAAGGAAACCAGCUACGAGAGAUGAACCAACUGGACCUAGCUUUCAAGAACUAUAAAUUAGCUGUGGAACUCAAUCCAGAUCAGUCACAAGCUUGGAUGAACAUGGGAGGGAUUCAACAUAUCAAGCGAGACUAUACAGCAGCCCGCAUGUACUAUCAGAGAGCAUUGAGUCUCAAUCCUGGGUCCAAACUUCUGAAAGAAAAUCUGGAGAAGCUGGAUCGGCUUGAGAGGAGGAUGACAGGAGUUCCGUAGUCCCCUUUACUUGAUUCGUCCUUGCAACUUCAAAAGAUUUGCCACAGAUUGACCUUUGCUAGGCUUUGCAGCAGUUGGGAUCCUGCCUCGCUGGUCACAAGCGUGAUGACAGUGUGUAAGAAGGAAAGGGACUACUUGUUAUCGGACUCAAGAAGAGCCCCAACAUUUUAAGUGAGGAGUAUCUUGGAAACAACGGGGCAAUAUAGCCAUUGUCCACUCUAUAUGAGCUAUACCAAAACAUGUACACGGGUGGACAAAAUAUAUAGUACUAUCGUAGAUUACUUUGGGGGUCACUUGUAUUUGAGAAAGAUUUAAACCUGUUUUAUACUGUGAAAGUGAAAAAGACAAGUUUGACUGGACAGAUUGCCAAGCAAUUGCAGGGUUGUUCAUUUUUUUUCAUUUUGUUCUGUAAGAAUGAAAAACUGUCAAUGUAAUCCCAGUACAGUUAAUUUUCCUACACUUGUGUGUAUUCUGAAAUGUCAGUGUUUAAAUACCAGCAAUUAUUGAGAAACGUCAUCUUGAGGUACUUUCGGUUUCGAGGUGAGACUGCACUCCACACAUAUUCCACAUAGAAAGAAAACCAACUGAACCCCUUAAGAAUCCUUUUUUAUGUUGUCUGACUGAGACCCCUAGAACUGUUUUCUGUUUGAAAUGUCUUGUUUUCUCGGGAAAAAGUCACAGAAGCUAGUACAAGAUAGUGAAUUCAUUUACCGUAAUUUUCGGACUAGUAUAAGUCGCACCAGCCAUAAAAGGCCCAAAAAAGUGAAAAAAAAACAUAUAUAUGUAUAUAAGUCGCUCCUGAGUAUAAGUGCCCCCCCCCCCACCCAAACUAUGAAAAAAGACGCGACUUAUAGUAGGAAAAUUACGGUACUUGGGCUAAUUUAACAAAUUCAAAAAAUUGUCACUUAUGCUCAAUAGAGUAUCAUGAGAUGUUUUUCUUUAUUAUUUUCAAAUACUACAUUACAAAACACUUCUUACUCUGUAUCAUUUUAUGUAAAUUCUUAUAAUGUAAUCUUUAUAAAUUGAAAGUCUAUAUCAGAUUAUGUUAUAAAGUACUUUAAAAGUAAA